GUUGAUUUCAGUUAUGAAGUAUCCAGGUCACUCUCUGCUUGCCAGGGUGUUUUACUUGUGGUUGAUGCAAAUGAGGAAAAAAUUGACAUGUCUAGAUUCCCUGUUGAAAAUAUUAGAAAUUUCAGUAUCAUUGCACAUGUGGAUCAUGGCAAAAGUACUUUAGCUGACAGGCUCCUGGAACUAACAGGGACAAUUGAUAAAACAAAGAAUAAUAAGCAAGUUCUUGAUAAAUUGCAAGUGGAACGAGAAAGAGGAAUCACUGUUAAAGCACAGACAGCGUCUCUCUUCUAUAAUCAUGAAGGAAAGCAGUACCUUUUAAAUCUCAUUGAUACACCGGGCCAUGUUGAUUUCAGUUAUGAAGUAUCCAGGUCACUCUCUGCUUGCCAGGGUGUUUUACUUGUGGUUGAUGCAAAUGAGGGUAUUCAAGCCCAAACUGUAGCAAACUUCUUUCUUGCCUUUGAAGCACAGCUGUCAGUAAUUCCAGUUAUAAACAAGAUAGAUCUGAAGAAUGCUGAUCCUGAAAGGGUUGGAAAACAAAUUGAAAAGGUGUUUGAUAUUCCAAGUGAUGAAUGUAUUAAGAUUUCUGCUAAACUUGGAACAAAUGUUGAAAGUGUUCUUCAGGCGGUCAUCGAAAGAAUACCCCCUCCUAAAGUGCAUCGAAAAAAUCCCUUGAGAGCUUUGGUAUUUGACUCCACCUUUGACCAGUAUAGGGGUGUGAUAGCCAAUGUAGCGCUGUUUGAUGGAGUGGUUUCCAAAGGAGAUAAAGUUGUAUCUGCACAUACUCAAAAGACAUAUGAUGUUAAUGAAGUGGGAAUCCUGAAUCCUAAUGAGCAGCAAACUCAUAAACUAUAUGCAGGACAGGUGGGCUAUCUGAUUGCUGGGAUGAAAGAUGUCACUGAAGCACAAAUAGGAGACACAUUAUAUUUACAUAAACAACCAGUGGAGCCCUUGCCUGGGUUUAAAUCAGCGAAACCAAUGGUAUUUGCAGGAAUGUACCCUGUAGAUCAAUCUGAGUAUAAUAAUCUGAAGAGUGCUGUAGACAAACUGACUUUAAAUGAUUCCAGUGUGACAGUUCGUCGGGAUAGUAGCCUUGCCCUAGGUGCUGGCUGGAGGUUGGGAUUUCUUGGACUUCUGCAUAUGGAAGUUUUCAACCAGCGACUAGAGCAGGAAUAUAAUGCUUCUGUUAUCUUGACAACCCCUACUGUUCCAUAUAAAGCUGUUCUUUCAUCAGCAAAAUUGAUAAAGGAAUAUAGAGAAAAGGAAAUUACAAUCAUCAAUCCUGCACAAUUCCCUGAUAAGUCAAAAGUAACAGAAUAUUUGGAGCCAGUUGUUUUGGGCACCAUUAUCACACCAGAUGAAUAUACUGGAAAAAUAAUGAUGCUUUGCCAGGCUCGAAGGGCAGUUGAGAAGGAUAUGAUGUUUAUUGAUCAAAAUAGAGUUAUGCUUAAAUAUCUCUUCCCUUUGAAUGAAAUUGUGGUGGAUUUUUAUGAUUCACUGAAAUCCCUGUCUUCUGGAUAUGCUAGUUUUGAUUACGAAGAUGCUGGCUACCAGACUGCAGACCUUGUAAAAAUGGAUAUUCUACUGAACGGAAAUCUUGUAGAGGAGCUAGUAACUGUCGUACACAAAGAUAAAGCACACUCUGUUGGCAAAGCCAUAUGUGAACGUCUGAAGGAUUCUCUUCCUAGGCAGCUAUUUGAGAUAGCAGUUCAAGCUGCUGUCGGAAGUAAAAUCAUUGCAAGAGAAACUGUGAAAGCUUAUAGGAAAAAUGUUUUGGCAAAAUGUUAUGGCGGUGAUAUUACCCGAAAGAUGAAACUUUUGAGGAGACAAGCAGAAGGAAAGAAAAAACUCAGAAAAGUUGGCAACGUUGAAGUUCCAAAAGAUGCUUUUAUAAAAGUUCUGAAAAAACAAUCUGAUAAAUAAUUGGGUUUUCAGGUUUACAUAACCUAUUGGCUUUUCUUUGAAAGGAAGUAGUGGAUGGAUGAGAGCUUGGUUCUGAGGCCCUAUUUCCUGUUUCAAAUUUCUGUUCCACUACUUACUAGCAAGGUGAGCUUGGCCAAAUUACUUACACUCUCUAUUUACUAUUUAGUAAAAUCAGGAUUAUACUAUUACUUAUCUCCACAGGUUGUUGUGAAAUUAAAUGAGAUAUGUUUAAAAUAUUCAGAAGAGUGCAUGACACAUAAUAAGUGCUCACUGAAUUUUAACUAUUUUGUUUUCAUGCAUAUUUUUCUUACCAACACAGGCCCCAUACUUAAGAUUCUGCCUAGUUCAAGCCCAAAAUAAAAGUAUUUUCAAAAUCACCUUAAGUAUCAAUCUGUUAGCUGAAUUUAGAUGAUAUAUAUGAAUGUUAUUUAAUAAAAGUCAGAUAACAUACUCUAUAAUGUGCUCUAGUUUUUAAUAAAAUUUUUACAAAUGUUAGUUUGAAACCAGACAGUUUAUAUCUACAUCUAAAUUAAAAUCAUGGUGGGGGCUGUCCUAUUUCUGAUAAUUAAAAUGCAUUUGUGCAAAGUGAUAGGUAUUUGGUAUUAGCAGAAGCUGUUAUUAAUGACAGUUCAGUAAUUAUUGUCUAGAUUUCAUAAUUAAGGAGACUGUUCUUUAGAGUAGUUAAGUAACUUUCCUGAGGUCACAAAGCCAGUAAAAUGGCUGUCUUACUCCAAAGCAUGUUUACUCAGUGAACAAACCAGAGGGCAGACUGUUUUACAGUAAGCUUUAUAUUUUAUAAUUUAGCCAUUGAUUUUUGUCCGCUAUCUUGAAUGAACCGAAUGAAGUAAAUGUCUUUUAGGGAUAAGACUAUCAAUGAUGAAUUUUAUACUAAGGUUAUUAUGAGAUGAUUUUAAUUAUAAAUUAAGAUAGUGGGAACUGACUUAAAAUUGUUUAUAGAGGUUAAAUAACCUUAGUCCUAGUUUUAUAAAUUAAUCUUAAGUAACCUGUUAGUCCUAGUUAUAUAAAUUAAUCAGUUCAGAUAUCUUCCCUACCUCUUCUAGCUCUAAUAGAACAGAUGAAAUGUGAGACUCCACACAAUAGUAUUUUGGAAAAUGGCAGUAUAUUUGAAACUAGAAAAACAUUUUAAUAUAAUUUCUAAAACAAAAUAUUCUGUUCUACCAUUAUUGCCAGGGGAAAGUUACAAGUUGGUACCUGGCACACAGUAUGCACUAUAUGUCUACACUAUGUGUCUACUAUUUAAUAUUUGUGCUUAAUUAGUAUGCUUGCAGUAUGGACCCAAUUAAAUUUCUUCCUUUAACCUCUGA